AAAAAUUUUAAAAGUGAUACAAAAUUAUCUCAAUCUUAAUUUCAGAAACGAGGAUACCAGUUCCUUCUUAAAAUCAGAACCAUGGUGCUUCUCACCCCCAAGCUGAGGUUCUCACAUCUUCCUACCCAUUUUCACUUUACCAAGCUUCGGUUUUGCUUUUCUUCUUCUUCUUCUUCUUCUUCUUCUUCUUCGCAAUUCUCUCCUUGGUCUGGUCUCCAAAGCUGGAGAGAGAGCCCACUGAACGAGGACCGAUUUUUGGGAACCAGUGGCCCUCAACCUCUGUCCAACACUGAAGUCCCCAACACACCGGUCGCCCUUGAAGCUUUUGGUUCCUCUCUCGCAGAGCUUGGUUCUCUGGUUCUCUCUACCAGUGACCCCCUUACUAAAUCCAAGCUCUCUCAUUUGGCUUUCUCCAGGUGGCGCAAUGAGGGUCUGCCCAUUGGGCUCUGCCAGCCUCCUUCUCGACCUGCUCGCCCUACUAACCCUCAAUUGGUUUCUCCAAAGGAGAUUCCAGACCCUAAAACCUCUGGCCUGCCUCUUAAUGCUUAUCUGCUUCACAACCUGGCUCAUGUGGAGUUAAAUGCAAUUGAUUUGGCAUGGGAUACUGUUGUACGAUUUUCACCCUUCUAUCAUAUUCUUGGGGACAAAUUCUUUGCUGACUUUGCUCAUGUUGCUGAUGAUGAAAGCCGUCAUUUUGCUUGGUGUUCACAAAGGCUUGCUGAGAUUGGUUUCAAUUAUGGAGAUAUGCCUGCUCAUAACUUACUUUGGAGAGAAUGUGAGAAAUCAUCAGAUAAUGUUGCUGCACGUAUGGCUGCCAUCCCAUUAGUACAGGAGGCUAGGGGUCUUGAUGCUGGCCCACGCCUGGUCAAAAAAAUGGUGGGCUUUGGGGAUCACAGGACAUCUACCAUUGUCGCUAGGAUUGCUGAAGAGGAAAUUGCACAUGUAGCUGUUGGCGUAUACUGGUUUAUGUUCAUCUGUCAUAAAAUGAAUCGUGCUCCAUGCUCCACAUUUAAAGAGUUAUUACAAGAGUAUAAUUUGGAGUUGAAAGGGCCAUUUAAUUACUCAGCUCGAGAUGAAGCUGGUAUUCCACGAGAAUGGUAUGACUCAUCGUCUACGAAUAAACAAGAGCGUGAAGGGAAUUGGAAGAGUAGUCAGCAGCUUUCUGAGGUUUAUGAUAGGCUUGCUUGUAUUAUCUCCAUGGAGAGUGAGAAUUCAAGUUUAAAUAGACCAUCUGAAUGACUUUUAUUUGAAUAGCCACUGUUAAGAUCCCUGUAUAAAUCUAAAUUCUGGAAUUUGAUGUCCGGUUUUUCAUGUAACAAAACUUGGGCAAGAUGGCAAGGGUCAGGCACAAAAUUUAAACUACUUUGUACAUCAACGCAAAAGCUGUAUCAAACUAAGGUUUUGCUUAGUAUGAAGGAUGGAAAGAAGUGAUGAUGGAAAAUUUGUUAA